AUGGUGUCCCCAGGUCCGUUGCUCGGAGACGCUACCUCACUUCCAUCUUUGUGUCAUGGAUUUUGUGGUCGCUACAAGUUACCUGCUGGAAACGAUAGUGGAACGGAAACAAUCUGGUCAGAGUGUGGUCCAUGCAAGUGGGGUAAUGGUGCGGUAGAUCAUCGAGUCUGUUCUCCAUGUCAGUCAGAACUGUCUCCAUAUGAUUGGCUUUUCCUGCUCUUUAUGGCUAUACUUCCACUCCUCGUGCACUGCUUCUGUGUGCAUUGGCACACACCCAAAAAUACGUCACGUGUGCACGAGUUGUGUGAACACCUAUGCUGUAUUCUCGAAUGUAUCAUUUGCGUCAGUUGCUGCUGUGCUGGUAUUUCCGCCAAGGACUUUCUUUCACUGUAUGGGGAUGUGCUCGAUCGAGCAUUAAGGAGUGGCUGGUGUGCUCUAUCAAUCGUAUCCGUAUAUCGUGAUGUUGUGGAGUUUAUGCGCAAAUGCAGUGCAUUUAGCUGCAGAAGGCAAAAUAUCGAUGAAGGAGAUUACAAAAGUCGUUUGCACCUCGCCGAUGCACAUGGUGAUGCUUACGGUCAACAUGACUCUCCUGGCAUUUUCUCUGCUGGCUAUCUCGGCUCAAAAGGACUCAGUUGUGAGCUUUCUGUCGCUAUUAUUUGUUCCAGUGCCGCCCAUAUUCUACAUGUUGACUAUCGGAAUAAGCCCAUCCUAGUGUUUUGUAACAGACCCGUUUAA